AUGAACUUGGUUCCUGAAAAAAACAGCGAGUUUAGUACAACUGAAUAUUGGGAUUCAUUUUUCACCAAACGUAAGGCUACAUUUGAAUGGUAUGGUAAUUAUGAAAAUUUAAAACGUUUACUCAUGAAAUAUGUUAGUGCUAAGGAUGUUAUAUUGAUGUCUGGAUGUGGAAAUUCUAAUCUUAGUUUACACUUGUAUUCUGAUGGAUUCACUAAUAUAACUAACAUUGACAACAGUGAAGUAGUAAUCGCCAAUAUGAAUAAAAAACAUAAGGAUAAAUACCCUGGUUUAGUGUAUGAAAUUAAAGACAUAUUAAACACUGAAUAUCAAAAUGAAAAGUUUAGUGUUGUUAUUGACAAAGGGACAUUGGAUGCUUUAAUGCCAGAUAGUGAAGUUGAGUCUCUUACACGGGCAAUGGCAAUGUUUAACGAAAUUAAAAGAAUAUUAAAAUUUGGCGGACGUUAUAUUUGUGUGUCCCUUCUCCAAUAUCAUAUUGCCAAGUUCAUAUUUUCCUAUUUUAGUGAAAAUAAUUGGAUAAUUCGUGUGUGCCAAUGUACCGAAGUAGAAGAUUCUGCUGAUUUCAAUGGGCAGCCAGUAUUUAUGGUUAUUUGCACGAAAGUAAAUAAAAUACCUGGUGCCAAGUCAGUCCUUGAGUGGAAUUCAGAUGGAAUCACAAACGAAAGAUUAGAUUUAAUAAAUGAACUAUUAGAAAUAGUUAUUGAUACUCAAAAAUCUGUUUCAAUGUGUUUUGAUCUCACUAAAUGUCAAAUGAAAGAUAUGUCAAAUAGUUAUCGUUUUGAGAUUAAUUGUUCUCAAACUAAAAAGCCUCGUUAUACAAUUAUGAUUGUUGAAUCUCCCACUCAAAAAAAUCCAAAGAAAAUGACCUUUUCUGGUUUCAUUGUUCCUCGUGGUCGGGAACACGAAUGGUUGUUUACCAGCGAAGAAGGACAAGAUAUAUUAAGAAGAAAUUGUAAUGUUGACCGUUUAGCUAUUAUUAGUAUGCAUAGAGGACAAAUAUAUCGGAGUUUAAAACAAGUACAACAAGAACUAUCCAGACUUAUGUUAAAAAUAGCACCACAGGGUGUUAUACAACGAGGUGACAUUAUACAAUUUCUAUCCUUAGAACAACAACUUGGAGAUAGAAAAAUUAUUAUGGAGAGUAAGAGUGAACAUUCUGGAAAUUUUGUUAUAGAAGAAGUAACAGGAGAAAAAGAUGGUAUCUUUAGACGUUUAGUAUUCCUUAACAUGCCUCAUAUUAUUCAGUCAGAAGCAAAGUUAAUACAGACUGAAAGUGGAGAGACUAAAAUAGAUUAUUCUCAUUUUCUCAGUGAUUAUAUACCAUACCUGGGUCUUGGUGUAGGCAUCAUAGCAAAUCAAACAAACAAAGAACCUAGAAUCCUUUUGAUUGGUUUGGGUGGUGGUAUACUUACUAAUUUAUUGAUAAACACCUAUAGAAAAAUAAAUAUAAUUGCUUUAGAAAUAGAUUUAGUUGUUUACAAUAUAGCCAAAGAAGCCUUUGGAUUAAUAGAGGAUAGUAGAUUAGAAGUACACAUUUGUGACGGUCUAGAAUAUCUAUGCAACGCUAUCAAAAAUGGUGAUAGUUAUGAUGCUGUUGUAUAUGAUAUAGAUGUUAAAGAUCCAUCACUCGGUUUAAGUGGACCCCCUAAAGCUUUCUUGACGCAAGAUAUAUUAAAUAUUGUAAAAAGUUUAAUUGGAGAACAAGGAUUAUUUUUAUUGAAUUUUGUUUGUCGUGCAUCUGAUGUUAGAGCUGAAAUUGUUAAUGUUUUAAAAACAAAUUUUAAGCAAUUAACAUCAUUAAAGGUGGCUGAAGACAUAAAUAGAGUACUAUUAGCAAAAAAUAGUAAUGGAGCAAUCGAUGAACACCUUUUGAAACAAACAGCUUUGUACAUGAACAAAUGCGCCAAAAGCAAUCCACUUAUUGCUUGUGAUGUUAUUGAUGUUUCUACUAUAAAAGAUAAUAUCGAAGAUUUAUAA